AAAAAACAAACAAACAAAACAAAACAGAACAAAAAAAUUCUGAAAAUUCAAUGAAAGAACCCUAACCGCUCUCUAAUCCAAAACACCCAAAAACAAAAAAAGAAAAAAGAAAAAAAGAAAAGAAAAGAAAUGGAUUCGAAUCCACCACCGAAAGCAGACCCAACACCUCCAACCCAAUCCGAGUCAGCUCCACCUAGUCGCUACGAGUCGCAGAAACGACGCGACUGGAACACCUUCCUCCAAUACCUGAAGAACCACAAGCCCCCUCUCACGUUAGCGCGGUGCAGCGGGGCGCACGUGAUAGAGUUCCUCAAGUACCUCGACCAGUUCGGGAAGACCAAGGUACACGUGACGGGCUGCGGAUUCUUCGGGCACCCGAACCCACCAGCACCAUGCGCGUGCCCGCUGAAGCAGGCGUGGGGGAGCCUGGACGCGCUGAUCGGACGGCUGCGAGCGGCCUACGAGGAGAACGGAGGGAGGGCGGAGUCGAACCCGUUCGGGGCGCGGGCGGUGAGGAUUUAUCUGAGGGAGGUGAGGGAAGGGCAAGCGAAGGCGAGGGGGAUUCCAUACGAGAAGAAGAAGCGGAAAAGGCUUCCGGUCGUUGGGGGUGCAUCAUCUUCUGGUGAACCCACGGGGGAGGGGAAGGAGGGGGUUUCUUCCGAUGCCGAUGCCACUGCUACUGCUACUGCUGCUGCUUCUGCUGCACCACCACCACCGUCUUCUUCUUCUGGUGGUGGUGGUGGUGGUGAUGCGGGUGUAGCAGUUUCGACAGCUGCUGUUGCUUCCACCUCAGUAUAGGUUUUUUUUUUUUUUUUUUUUUUUCCUCUUUUUUAAAUUAUAUUUUUGUUGUUAUUUCGAGUAUAAUUUAUAAUAUUAUAUAACUGGCGAUGCUCUAUAAUUCCAUUGAGCAAUGAAGAGAAGGGGUUUAAGGA